GUCCUUCAGAAUCUGGGCAAAGAUAAGUUCCCCCCUCAGUCCUUUGAGCAGGUGGGAACACGCAUUGCUAAAGUACUGGAGAAGAACCAGACGUCCUGGGUGUUGUCCAGCAUGGCUGCUCUGUACUGGAGGGUCAAAGGUCAAGGCAAGAGGGCCAUCGACUGUCUGCGGCAGGCGCUGAACUACGCCCCCCACCACAUGAAGGACGUGCCCCUCAUCAGCCUGGCCAACAUCUUCCAGAACGCGCGUCUGUGGGAGGACGCGCUGACGGUGGCCCGCAUGGCCGUGGAGAUCGCCCCGCACUUCGUAGUGAACCACUUCACCCUCGCCAACGUCUACAUCGCCAUGAACCAGACGUCCUGGGUGUUGUCCAGCAUGGCUGCUCUGUACUGGAGGGUCAAAGGUCAAGGCAAGAGGGCCAUCGACUGUCUGCGGCAGGCGCUGAACUACGCCCCCCACCACAUGAAGGACGUUCCCCUCAUCAGCCUGGCCAACAUCUUCCAGAACGCGCGUCUGUGGGAGGACGCGCUGACGGUGGCCCGCAUGGCCGUGGAGAUCGCCCCGCACUUCGUAGUGAACCACUUCACCCUCGCCAACGUCUACAUCGCCAUGGAGGAGUUUGAGAAAGCCAUGCGCUGGUACGAAUCCACCCUGAAGCUGCAGCCAGAGUUUGCUCCGGCCAAAGACCGGCUGAGAACCAUCCAGUGUUACCUGCUCACCAAGAGGGAGCGCAAACAGCCCUGA